GCGCUGUGUGGUAGUCCCGCGCGCGAGCCGAGGGCGAGGUGAGCGGGCAGCACGAGUUUCCUUUGGGGCGUGAGGCGAGCGACGCAGCGCGAGAUCCCGCAGGGCUCCUUCCUGUUUGAGUCGUCGGGGAUAGAAAAAUGCAUUUGGGAGAAACAGUAAAGUAUUCGGCGGGCUUCUGCGGCCACUUUCCCGACUCGUGGUCGUCCCCGCCCGCCGCGUCGAGCUGCGAUGACCCGGAAGCUGCACAGUUCAGCCUCUGCGCCUCGUGCAUCGCGGAUAUGGCCAGCUUGAUCAGCACCAAGUGCAGCAUUCCAACGGCGGUGGGCAAGUCGAUCCCCUUCGGACUCCUCUCUACAAGGGAUUUCUCAUCUCCGGAUUCCCCAGUGUGUGUUCAGCGUGAUCACUCCAGCCACGCUCUCUCGCCAAGGGUUUUGCAAAAGCUGUCUGACCCGGCGAGCGGAGCCGCGUCGGCCUCUUGCUUAGGAGAUCCUUCUGUGCGUGAGAAGCGAGAAAGAACGGCGGACGCCCUGGGAAACGCACAGACCGCGCGUCCGACGAGGCCCUUAGCUAAUGGAGGCAAGCAGAAGCCGAGGACGUCUCGGAAGGACACUGGGAUGGUGUGGGAGUUCCUGCGGCGCCUCCUGCAAGACCCGGAGGCGAACCCGGCCAUCAUCAGGUGGGAGAGCCCCCUGGAGGGCCGCUUCCGCCUGGUCGAGCCGGAGGAGGUGGCCAGGCGCUGGGGGGCCGUCAAGAGGAACAGCAGCAUGAACUAUGAGAAGUUCGGCCGGGCCAUGAGGUACCAGUACAAGAUCAAGACCCUGCAAAGAGCGAAGCAGAAGUUGGUCUACAAAUUCGGGUCCAACGCCUCGGGCUGGCAGUGCUCAGUACGACGCACGGAGAUGAGUACCAAGGAAGGCGUGGCAUGAAGUCAAGGGCACCGUACGACUCAUGGAAGUACUGUUCGCUGUUUGACUGGAUAAUUUAGCAUAUCCGAGCUCAAAAUGAGUAUUUAUGAGCAUGAGGAUGAGGAAGAGAGGGGCGUAGUAGGAGUGGCGUGAGGUGUAAAGACGAAGGGAAAUGAGCUGGAGAUUUAGAGAUGUUAAAACCGAGUGCAGUAAAAGGUCUGAAUAGAAAGGACAAUUGCAUGAACAUGGACACUGCAUACUGCUUUACACUUUUAGCUUUUUAAGAGUUUGCAUUAUCAUGUAGAAGAGCUUUAAAUUCCAUGAAUUUUACAAGCUAUGUUCUCUAUUGAUCUGUUUCUUUUAGCUUUGUAUGUUAGCGAUUUUUAUUUAAUUUCUACAUAUAUUUUGCCGCACUCUAAAACUGGACAACCAUUGUUGCAGACGCUACACAAGUGUCAACAGAAGUCAUCCACACUACACCAGCCUCAAUUGAUGCUGCCAAUACUCCACCAGUUUCUUCUCACAGCUCAUGCACCAGUAAUACCAUUAUCGAAAAAAACAACGCCCAUAUUUACUAUAGCCUCAAAGGUAAUUCCAGCUUACUAGUUCACAACAAAGUUAUCACAAGGACAAAAAGAUGUUGCGCCUUCCAAUUUCUCUUGUGGGAGUCAAGUCAAAUAAUUACUUAAGUCAAUUUAUGUAUAAUGAUCUAUUUUUGUGUAUUUGCAUAUAUUGUAUAUAUAAGAGUAUCACCUUUAUGGUAUUUCAAUAGAAUAACUUUAAGUAGCGUGGCUGCACCAGUAGGCUCCCAAAUACCCCAGGGGUGAGGACCAAUAGGACAAAAUGCUUACCCCUUCCACCAUAUUAUUCACUUUUUCUCUCCAACCAAUUCUCAGGAAAUAAAAGUGAUUGUACUUCAGUUAAAAUGCACGUCACCAGGUCACCAGAUGAGAUUCCAUUGUCAGUAUAAAGUACUGUAUCGUGUCCAUAGUCAAGCUUUUAUCUUCUCUCUUUGAUUUAGUACUGAGAUCUAGAUUUUUUUUCCAAGAUUCACUUCAAAUGUUAUAUCUAUUUCAAAAUUAAAAGUGACAACCCAACACAUUUCGGCAUCUCUCUGUCCUUCCGGUGUUUUAGGUACUAAUUGAGAAUAUCCUCUCCUACAAAUUCCACACAAUCUAUGUAAAAAAAUUGUGGACUACUUAAUUAAGUUCGUGAACAGCAGAAUAAACAUGCAUUUCAUCUCUAUGUGAAUUUUGUGUAAACAAUACUGUCAUAUUUUAUAAUACUUGGGCGAACAACGUCAUGUGCAGUCUAUUAGUUAAAAAUAUUAAACAAACAAAACAUGAA